AUGUCCCCCAAAAGCACACCAGACCCCAAGACACUGGGUAGAGCCGCAGGUUCUAUCAAUGCGCCUAUCGCGGCGUUCACAAUGGCCGUCAUCCUAUGCUCCUACUGCUUCAGUUCUAUUCGCACUGCCAGACGCGAAGCUCAAGAGUCACCCGUAGUACCUAGUUCACAGCAGCGGGUAUCUCAGCGGGAAAGGAAAGAUUCGUCCUGGAUACAGGAGGCUCUUGAAGAAAGUCGAGCGGAGAAAGGGAGGUAA